UGUUUUGUAGACCACGUCCGAAAAUAGAGACAGUUGUUUUUCUUUUAGUUAUUUUCAAAGUUCCUGAAUGGAAAUGUAUGCUAGAUUUUCACACAUUUGUAACGACCCCUUUCGUGGACUGAACCAUACACUCUCCUAGUUCCACAUGUAUCCCUACUUGUUACAGUUCUCCGGGAUAGGCGUUCGCUUACAGAGACGAUGUAUUCUAGACCGAGCCUAUAACGGAGCGCUUGAAAACAUAAAGAAAGGGAUUUACGCAUAACUUUUAAAGGUUUACGUGGAUUACAAAUCGCUUUGGGAGUUGGAAGGUUGUGGUGCCUAAUUAAAGUUUGAACAAGCUUCCUCCCCCCAUGCCAACGUCAGCUGUGCCCACGUACCCGUUACCGUGGCGCUAAGCCACCUCUGAGCCGCCCGUGUGUGUGUGUGUGUGUGUCAGAGCACCUGUGGGGAGUGUGUCGGAGGGGAGCAGGUGUGUCCAGGUGUGUUGAGGUCCGGCGGCGGUGAGGAGGGAGGGAGGGGCCACGUGCUGGGAGCGCGGCCGGCGUGAUUUUCCCGGGGGGGGGCCAGGCACCCGAAGAUGAGCAGGCGCGGCUUCCAUAACAACAAAACCAUGCAAGACCGCCGCUGUGUGUGUGUGUUCCUCCCUAACGACGACACGCUCAACGUCAUCGUCAGUCAGGUUAAGACUCUGUGUCAAGAACUCCUUGUUCAGGUGUGUGAUCUGCUGAGACUCAAGGACUGCCACCUGUUUGGACUCAGCGUCAUCCAGAACAAUGAGCACAUCUAUAUGGAGCUUGGCCAGAAGCUGUCCAAGUACUGUCCCAAAGAGUGGAGGAAAGAGGCCAGCAAGGGUAUCGACCAGUUCGGACCUCCAAUGAUCGUCCACUUCAGAGCCCAGUAUUAUGUGGAGAAUGGAAGGCUGAUCAGUGAUCGCUCGGCGCGGUACUACUACUACUGGCAUCUGAGGAAGCAGGUGCUGCAGUCUCAGUGCAUCCAGAGAGAGGAGGCCUACUUCCUGCUGGCUGCCUUUGCCCUGCAGGCAGACCUGGGCAACUUCAAGCGCAACAAGCACUUUGGCAAAUACUUUGAGCCGGAGGCCUAUUUCCCACCAUGGGUGAUUGCCAAGCGUGGCCGAGAGUACAUCCUAAGGCACAUCCCCAACAUGCAUAAAGACCAAUACGCCCUCACCGCCUCAGAAGCGCACCUCAAAUACAUCAAAGAGUCCGCCCAGCUGGAUGACGUCACCGUGCACUACUACAGACUCUACAAGGAUAAAAAAGAAGUUGAGGCCUCUCUCACUUUAGGGCUGACAUUGCGUGGAAUCCAGAUAUUUCAGAAUGUGGGCUCAGUGCGGCAACUUUUGUACGACUUCCCCUGGACCAAUGUUGGCAAGCUGGUGUUUGUGGGGAAAAAGUUUGAGAUUCUUCCGGACGGUCUGCCGUCUGCACGGAAGCUCAUCUACUACACGGGCUGCCCCAUGCGCUCACGCCACCUCCUCCAGUUGCUUAGCAACAGCCACCGCCUCUACAUGAACCUGCAGCCGGUACUCAAGCAGGUCCGCCGCCUGGAGGAGAAUGAAGAGAAGAAGCAGUACCGCGAGUCGUACAUCAGCGACGCGCUGGAGCUGGACAUGGACCAGCUGGACGGGCGCUCGCGCGCCAGCGGCAGCAGCAUGGGCAGCGUGUCGCGCCACAAGCGCCUCUCGCGCCACUCCACCGCCAGCCACGGCAGCUCGCACACCUCCGGCGUGGACACGGGCAGCUUCCGCGCGCCCCACGGGCACGGCCCGCCGCGGCCCCCGCUGCGCACCGGCAGCUCGUCCACCAACAGCCGCGCCAGCACGCACACGUCCGGCGUGGAGAGCGGCGGCAAGGACCGCGUGCUGGACGACGAUGACGAUGACGAGAUUGAGAUGCUGGUGGAUGACCCUAAGGACUAUGAGGAGCUGCAUGAGCUGGCUCUGGAGCUCAACCAGGACCUGUGCAUCCACAUCACUGAGGACAUGCUCACCUCCAACCAGACCAAUGGAUUCUCAGGUCUUGUGGUGAAGGACGUGAGCUCCUCCACCUCCAGCUCCUCAGAGACAGUGGUGAAGAUGAGGGGACAGAGCAUUGAGUCCCUACCACAGACGGUGGUGUGCAAGAAGGGGCAGGGCUCCACUGACCGCCACAGCCAAUCGCUGGACGACGUGCGGCUCCACCAGCGCAGCGUCUCGGAGUGGGCGGAUCUGUGCCAGGACACCGCCCACAGCUACACGUUCGGCUGCGCCCAGGAGCUGGACGCCGUCGCCACGGGCUACCAGGGCCUGGCCGAGCAGUGCGCGGGCAUCCGCGCCGCCGACCCCUCCGCCUUCCCCAUCAAGCGCGCCAACAAGUACUUCUCCCUGGACCUGACCACGGACGAGGUGCCCGAGUUUGUGGUGUGAGCGACGUGCCACGGACGUGGAGGAGGAGCGGAAUGGACACACGAAUGGACACACACACACACACACACACACACACACACAUACGCACACACACACACACACACAGAUUCCUCUCGCUAACUCCCUGACAAACUCAUACAAACGCAUUCACCUGUGUUCGGUCGUGUGUCAUCACCCCCCCCUGCAUCACAGCCGUACACACCCGUCAUCUCUGGAGGAAUCCGAUCAGAAACCUACACUCCAAAGACGUGAUGGAGGUCGUAGUCUAUGGAGCGUGGUAGAGCUGGUCAUCAAUCUGCGCCGGGAAUGGUUGCACAGAUCCACAGAGCUGGAAGUCUAGGAAUGGGAAUUGCUUUGGAAAAGGAGACGUAAGGGAAAUGAUGGGAAUUUUCCCAUCUGUAUCAAUUUCAUAUUAUGGAUUAUAUAUAUGAAUUAUAUAUAAGAAAAACUGCAUCUUUUAAAAAAGCAUGAACUUAUGAUGAGAAAGCUGUGUGUGUGUGUGUGUGUGUGUGUGAGAGAGAGAGAGAGAGAGACAGAGAGAGAGGGAGAGUUAAUCCCUACAUGUAUCCUUUCCUCUUAUAUCAAGUCAAUUUUGCAUCUGUAAGUGCCAAGAAUCAUGAACAUCACAUCACACACACGCACACACACACAAAUGAGAAAUGAAUUUGUAUGAGCUAUGAACCAAAGACUGUCUUUAUUGAGAUCCUCGGGAUUUGAGCUGGCAGAAGGGACACAAAAUGGCUCACCAAUGAAAUCACACGUAACCACAGUAACGGUACCGCCAAUGCGAUUGGAUGGAUUUCGGGUAACUCCUCGUGCAGCGCUGAGGAACGGACAUUUUUGUUGGUCAACUGGGAUUCGGAAAAAGACUUGUGAUUGGACCCUAUGAAAUGAUUGCUAAGAAGAAAGGGGCAGUGGGUGGAUGGUAGAAGCCAUGUCCACUUCUGACUGUUCCAGGAUGUGUGUGGUGCCAACAACCCCACCCCACCCCACCCAACGCCACCCCCACUAACCCCCACCCUCACCAGGCCCCUCCCCGACAGCAGACUGCCAUAACCAAGCCUCUAGUGCCUUUGAAAAUGCUAUGCAGGUCCUGUGACCAUUUAAUAAGCCUUGACAAUCUCACACACUUAUCCUCUCUCUCCUCUCUCUCUCUCUCUCUCUCUCUCUCUCUCUCUCUCUCUCUCUCUCUCUCUCUCUUUUCUCUCGCUCACACACACACACACACACUGCUUGUAAGCCAUUUCAUUCACACGCACACACACACGCACACACACACACACACACACACACACACACACACACACACACACACACACACACACACACAUACAAACACACACACACACACACACACACACACACACACAAACACACACACAGUCGUAGAGAACUCCACUGAGAGUAGAUCCAUGGAUUCCAGAGAGUGAUGUCAUUCCCAGCCUCUCCUGGUUGAAAGGUGAUUGGGUCUGAGUAGGAGUGUGUGACGCACAUGUUAGGUCCCAUUGCUGCCUGACUGGAUGGGUGUGUGUGUGUGUGUGUGUGUGUGUGUGUGUGUGUGUGUGUGUGUGUGUGUGUGUGUGUGUGUGUCUGUCCCAGAGGCGGGAUGUGUUGAUACUCGUUUGGCUGUUGACGAGCCAAGUGAAUUCCACAAAAUGGAGAAAUGUUGACAAAGCCUGGAGACUGAGAGUUUUCAAAUCCAUAACCUCUCUCUCUCUCUCUCACUUUUUUUUCUCUCUCUCUUCAAAUAACACCUGUUUUUAAUUGCGGCCAUCACAUUGAAGUUUGUCUGUUGCUUUGUGUGUGUGUGUGCGCGUGUGUGUGUGCGCGUGUGUGUGUGCGUGAGUGUGUGUGUACGUGUGUGUGUGUGUGCGUGUGUGUGUGUGCUCGAUUGCUUACAUGCACCCAGUAUUACACAAUAUAAUUGUGGAAGUUUUCACUCACCAUCUAUAACAACAUUUCUGUUGUGUAGCAUCAUCAGAUCUACAUCCUUUAGAAGUUCAAAUGACACACUGCGGUUUCUGGAAAAGGAACACACACACACACACACACACACACACACACACACACACACACACACAACACACACACACGUCACACACACAGCUCUCAGUACAGCUCUCUUUGUUUCCUCAGAAUGUUUGGUACUUAGGUCUGGGGACCCCUGGAUAACCGUGUUAAACGUGUUAAAUAACAUAUCAGUUUUGUUGACACACAGUGGUUGGUUUUCAGAAACACUGAACUGUUCAAAAAGUCGGAUUUUUUUAUCUACACGUCAUUUCAAAGCAAAAUGUUGAUCAAAUACUCCAAAUCAACAUUUUCAUUAAUGUUGCAGUAUGAUUUGUGGUCUCGAUUUUCAGGUUUCAGUUGUCCUGUUUAUUUCUAUUAUUGAUGUGAUUUUUGGUACUGACAAGUAAAUGCACCGUUUGUAAAAAACUGUUCAUUAUAAAGAUUGACAGAUCAGUUGGUCCAUAACAACAUAAUACCUGUUUACCUACGUAGAAGCGAAGGUUCCUGAACAGAGCAAUCCGUAAAGGUACAAGGAACCCAGUCAGUGCUUAGUGGCCCUGACUGUAGGCAUAUGCAGAAUCUUACGGGUUCUUCCUUUCUCUGUAGAAACUUCUCCAAAGAGGCUAGAGGAGUGGAAUGUUUUAAGAGUAACUGAGAGCCUUCUUAUUCACUCUGUCCCACACACACACACACCCCACAUUUCCCCCCAAAAAGAUAAAGGUUACCUCUAAGUUCUGGUCGUGAGGAGAUGGAGAGAAGGGAAAAAAGAGAGAGAGGGAGAGCCCCCCCACCCCCCCCCCCCCCAAACUAGUUGAGUUGGUUGGGAUGUGAUGCUGUCGCUUGGCAGCAUUUGAUCAUCCACCCAUCUCCAUGCGCACUAAUGCAGCAAUACGAUGCUGGUGAGGACUGGCCUGCAUGAACUCUUAACCACCACUAGUCAAAGCGUGAAGAGUGUUUAACAUUCACAUGGGAAUCGUUACAUUUCUAACCAGAGAAGGUUGUGUGGCCAUCUUUGUUGUUUUUUUUUUCUUUGGUCUAUUAUGGGCAGUUCAACCAAGGGAAAAAGUGUUUGUUGGAUUUGUUGCUUACUAUUAUUGUGGUAGUAGUAGCUAUAUUGUACUUGUAACAAACCUCUGAAAGCAGACGACGGGUGCGGGCCUGGCUCACAUCUGCUUCAGGUCCGGCUGAGCUUUUUUUUUUGCUGUCGCUGACUAUCCAGAAAUAACAAAGGAGACAAUAAAAUAAAUAUUACUUGUUCUUUCAUCAAUGCUAGGUGUAAAGCCAUAGACUUAACAGUCAGGAUCUGUGUGUACAGAAAAAAAACAUGUUGUCUGUGAUUUGUGUGUUCACCUGUACACAUUGUUGUAUAUGGAUUAAGUAAGAAUGAGUGUGUGGAUGUGAGUGUGACAGAGAGGUAGCGUGUGUCUCUGCACCAAGCGUUCACCGUCCUUUCUGUGAAAGGAAGUCCCUUCUGGAAGAAAAAGUGAAAUUAUUUCUUUAAUGUACUCUCUCUCUCGCUCUCCUGUAGCCCUUCUCUGAUUUUUCAUUUUGUCUGACCCUUUUGUGACAAAGCUUUUGUUUCAAAUAAUGAAGUCUGAUCAGUGCCUUUUGGUGCUAAUGUCCUCAAACCAACAAAUACUCAAUAAAAUAAAAAAUACCUGCAUUUGA